AGAUGACAAUCUUCUCAUCAUCUCCUCAUUACAUAUAUAGUAACAUGUCUUCCUGAUUCCUCAUCCAUAAAUCUCUCCCGGUUCGUUUGUAGCCGGGGAUCAUCAUGGCGAGUAAGAAUAAGAAGGGCAAACUCAUAAGACGAUUCAUAGGGGCGCCGCUGCGAUUCCUGACCCGGGCUAGGGACUUCUACAUCCAGAGCCUCACCGACUGCUCGGGCCACAUGUCCAUGGGAUGCCCGACUGGGCAGGUAAUCGCCACUCUGCCCAAGAGCUUCAGCAUCAGCUCCUCCCGUUCGUACCCUUCCUCCCAUGAUGAGGAUUUCCGAGAGCUCAUGAGAGCAGCCUCCGCCAAGAGCCUCAGCAGCAUCAAGAAGUACGAGACAUUGGAUCCUCCCAAUGAGUUCCUGAGGCCUCGUGGGCAGUCGCCAAACCUAAUGCCCCGGAGCUUUAGCACAGGGAUAGGGAGGAUCGAUGAAGAGAAGGCGUUCGAGUUCGGAGAAGACAUAAAGGUGAAGACCGAUUCAUUGUAUCCCCGAAGCCGAAGUUGUGCAGUUAAGUUUAGAUCAUCCAGGCUGCUUUGAUCAAGAAAUGAAACUUAAUAUACAAUUAACUAAAGAUGGGUAGUUGAUCGUCUUCUUCUUCUCCUUCAAUCCUUCUUCUUCGUCAUUAUGUUUAAAUCCAAUUAAUGUUGUUUAAGCUCUGUGUUGUUAGUUGUCUUUGUUUGCAAGUGAUCACUUUGAGUUACCCAUAAAAAUAAAAUAAAAAAAUCCCUUUGAGUUUAUCUUCAAAAAUUAU